UGUCAUUGUCACUGACACGAUGACUUGAAAAUUGCAUUCAUUGCAUUGCAAAUAAAUUUAACUUUCGAGUUCAAUUCGUGAAUUGUAGUGAUAAUAUUUUAUCCCAACCAUGUCCAAAGAUAUCAUUGUUCUGGCGCCAAAUGGGAGGAGGCAAAAAGUACACUGUACGCCUGACACUAGUAUUUUACAGGUGUUGGAAGAUGUAUGCCAUAAACAAGGUUUACAACCUUCGGACUAUGAUUUGAAGCAUCAUAACCAUAUUUUAGAUCUAACAACCACUGUAAGAUUUUCUAAUCUUCCCAACAAAGCAAUGCUUGAAAUGGUAGAAGCUGAUAAAAAAAGACAAGAAUCAAAUGUCACCAUUGGAUUGCAAUUGGAAGAUGGUGAGAGAAGAACAGCUGACUUUGCUCCCAACACAGCAUUAUAUGACUUGAUUAUAUCACUGGCCCCGGGAGAAUUGAACUCUUUAGACCAACCAACUAUCUUGUACAUGAGACAGGAGGUUGUGGGAGAACCAGCUCUGAAGGAAAAGACUUUGAGGCAGUUAGGAUUAAUAAAAGGCAGAGCAAUACUCAGGUUGCUAAACAAACAAGCAGAGGCAAGACAAGCAAAUGUUUCUGCUUUUUAUCGAUGUCCAGUCCCUGACUCAAAGGUUUCAGAUGGGAGAAUCGAAAACAUAGAAGACAACCCUGUGUCAGGACCUUCAAAUAUAAAUAAACAAGAUCCACAUCCAGCCAGGCAGCCAGAUAUUUUAGCUAAAUAUAAGGAAAGCACUAUUCAACAGAAAAAAAAUGCUGAAAGUAAAGCGAUUGAACAUGUUGAAAGUCCACCACCAGAACAAAAAACACCGGCUAAAGAAGAAUUAAUGGAAGUUGAUAAUCAGCAGAGUAAUACUUCAAUCAAUUCUCAAACAAGAGAGCAUUUUGAAAGAAGACUAAAAAUUGAGGAAGAAGUAACAUUUUUAGGAGCUCAGAAAGCUAUAGCUUUUACGCAGCCUGACUUCAUGGAAGAAGAAAUUGAUGAUUUACCAGAUGACUUUUAUGAAUUAAGUAUAGAAGAAGUGCGUAAGUUAUACCAUGACUUACAACAAAAUCGGAUUACCUUAGAAAACACACCACUAUUAACUUCUUCAAAGCAAAAGGAAUUUGAGGAACAGGCAUCCAUACAAAAGCUAAACUUAUACAAGAAUGUUGUGGUCCGUGUGCAAUUUCCUGAUCAUAUAAUUCUACAAGGAAUAUUUACACCAACAAACACAAUAGAAGAUGUUACAAAUUUCAUAAAAGAGCAUUUACGGAAUCCAAACAAGCAAUUCCAUAUAUUUGUAACUCCCCUGAAAGAAACUCUUCAGCCUAAAAUGACUUUGCUGGAUGCAAAAUUUGUACCCUGUGUUCACAUGCACUUUAAAUGGAUAGAAGAGGACAAGAUGAAGCAACCAUAUCUAAAAGAUGAGAUAUAUCAAAAGAAAACUGCUUCAGAUGCUGCUAGUAUCCUCGCGUCUAAAUACAGGGCACCUUCCAGAAGAAAAGCAGAAGAAACUCAUCAAAAUUCGCAUAAAACCCCAGCAGCUUCUACAUCAAAGAGCAGCAGAUUACCGAAAUGGUUCAAGAAUUAAAACUUGUACAAUUUUAUUAUGAACCAUGUUUACUGUUUGACUUCUGCCAAAGCAGCAUAAUGAAACGGUAUUAGAUUUUAAUAUUUAACUCUUAUCUAUACUCACUACAUCAAGAUACAUGUACCGGUUUAUACAGCUUGACAGUAGUUUAUAUUUACCUAUUUAUUUUCUAAAAUAAGCUCUUUUCGUACUAAUAGGCACGUAGUUACACCUACGAAGAUGUUUCGAUCAAAGUUCUUACAGAAUAACUGUCUACUAAGACAGAUCUAAACUGAAAUUCUUACUGUUCUGGUUUUUGUUGUUAUGUGUAACUCAAAGGUUUAUCCAGUUAGACUGGAAAAACACAAUUUAUGCAUUUUAAAAAAUCUGUAAAAUAAAUUCACAUUCUUAACCCGUUGUAUGUCGGAGCGCAGAUAUACGCGUGAGAGAGAAUUUUCUAUUGUUUUUAUAAUUAACGACAAGCAGUUAAUGAAUAGAAUUUGUCGUUUGUGGCAGCCCUAGUGUGGUAACAGUAAAAAAACUGAUCAGUCCAGUUGAUAGACAAGACAUUUUCGAAAAGCAAACCAAAUAACUGGGUUAUUUAAAGACGUCAGCGUUACUACAAAAUAUAACGGAAUAUACUACUGAGUAAAUA